AAUAUUUUUAUGGUUUUAUUUCUAUGUAUAUAAAUAUUGUAAUUUAGCAAUGGAUAAAGUAACCAUUGGUUACUGUAUUUUGAUACUAUGUUCUUUUAUACAGAAAAGCCAUCAAAAUCUUAUAGUAGUGACGGGCCCAGGAUUAGAACCUGAAAAUAUUAUAUUGCCGGCAAGAUACUUCUUUGUAAAUUUUACGUUUGUUGAUUCUGCAUCAUAUUCACCAGAGUUAGCACACAGUUUUGCAGUGGAAAUUGAGGGAAGAACAAAAAAAAGUCCACAUUGUCGAGUGUGGGCUAAUAAACUAGACAGAAAAGAUGGCACCUUUAUAGUGAGAUAUAAAAUUUAUGAAACAUGUUACGAUGUGUCUAUAAGUCUGUAUUACAAAAGUAAACAUAUUAAAGGUUCACCUUACACUUUUAAAGGACCCAUUCAUCCUGAUCAAUGUAACUGUCCAGAAAAAGAAUUUGAAACAUGGUUAACCAAUUAUGGUUGUUCAAAUACUUAUGGCCAGAUUGAAAAAGAUCUUAAGCCAUUUCAGGAUAUUGAAAUGAAAACGCAAGUAAACAAAAUCAUAGAAAAAUAUCAUCAACCAGAAAGUACAAGUUUUUGUCAUUAUGUUAUUAAAGAUAGCAACCUUUACCGAGAUUGUUACGGGAAACAUGUUGGCUUUAACAUGUUUUCUGAUAAUAUUUUAUUAGCUUUGUUAAGAAAAGUUCGGCUUCCUGAUGUAGAACUAGUUAUCAAUUUGGGAGACUGGCCAUUAAUUAGGCAAAAUGCUGAACCUCACCCAAUGUUUUCAUGGUGUGGAAGUAAUGAUACAAUAGAUAUUGUAAUGCCCACAUAUGAUAUUACGGAGUCCACACUUGAAAAUAUGGCGAGGGUGACUUUGGACACGUUGUCAGUGCAAGGCGGCGCGGAACGCAGGUGGUCGCAGCGUGAGCCUCGUGCUAUCUGGCGCGGCCGCGACUCUCGGGCGGAGCGGCUCAAACUCAUCGACAUAGCACGAGCGCAUCCUGAACUCUUCAAUGUUUCCCUCACUAAUUUCUUUUUCUUUCGUGACAAAGAAGCUGAAUACGGCCCUAAGCAACCCCACAUAUCUUUUUUUAAAUUCUUUGAUUACAAAUAUCAAAUAAACAUCGACGGAACAGUGGCCGCUUAUCGCCUGCCUUAUCUGCUAGCUGGCGGCGGCAUGGUUCUAAAACAAGAUUCUCCGUAUUACGAACACUUUUAUGGACAGCUUCGUGAAUGGGAACAUUACGUGCCGGUGAGACGUGAUCUGUCGGACCUGGUGGAGCGCGUGCACUGGGCGCUGGAACACGACGACGAAGCGCGACGAAUAGCCAAAAACGCCAGGGCUUUCGCCAAUGAACACCUCCUGCCACAACACGUGAUUUGCUAUCAUGCUGUACUAUUUUCGGAAUGGAGUAAAAGAAUCAAAAGUGACAUAGAAGUGAAAGAAGGUAUGACACAUGUGCCUCAGCCACAAUUUCCUUGCGAAUGCCAACCCCGCGACAAGGAUGCACGAGAUGAGUUAUGAAGCUGAAUUUUUUACAUGAGGCAUAGCAUAUAAAGUACGUAAAAUAUUCUAAACUUAACAUAGAUGCAGAAGUGGAUCUACAUUUAUGGGAAUUCAAUAGUUAUUUUUAUUUAGGACUAGUUCUAAAUUUAAAUCAAGUAUUCUCCUCAUAACUUGUUUGGAUAAAUGUGCCCAUAUACACACACAAUACUUUACAAAACAACUUAGGUAUACAAAGUAAUACUAAUCUCAUUGUGAAUCUAUUUUAUUUUUACUUCUUAGUUUAAUCACAAUGGUAUAGGUCGGUUAACUAAAGGUGACACAUUUUAUAUAAUAGAUAUAUUUAAAAAAUAUUUCAUAAUAUAAUUAAGAGGGAUAGAUGCAUAGGUGCACAUAAAACUUGCUAUGUUUUUUUGGCUUGGUGAUGCGUGAUGAAAGCCUUACUAUGAGGGAAGCGAAUUUCUUCACAAAAAUUACAAAUGCGCAACAUGUAAAUAUGUAUGUACGCGUUAGCUUUAGAUAAUCAACCUAUAUUAUGUUUAGUCAAAUAUGUGUAAGAAAGAAGAGGCAUAAUAUUUGAUACUAAUGGCAUUUAAUCGAACAGCUUUAAAAUAUUUUCCUAUAUUUCUAUUGUAAAUACAGAAUAAUUACUUUAUUAUAAUAUAAAAAUAUA